AUGGAUCAAGAUCCAGAGUUUGCCGUUUCUCUCUUUUGGGAUGCGGGAAACGCUCGACUUCUGCCUAAUCAGAUUCCGUUCUUGAUCGCCAACAUUGAAGAUUCAUUGAGAACUGCGGACAAGAGAUAUUACCUCGCUAAGAAGAAGGUCGUAGUAGCAAAUUCGAGCCUUGACUUCAUCUCUGAGAAUAGAGCAUAUCUGUUAGAGCAAGGUUUCGUUAUAGUCGAUGCACCCCAUCGAGAGCGUGAUUGCAACUACACUAACUGUAAGGUGAAAGUUGAGCGAUUUGAUGUGGCUAAAAACAUGAUAUUAGAUCAAGUGCUAGAUCAAGUGUUGGAGAAAGAGUUGUCUCGAAACGUACUAAUCAUCUCUGGCGAUUCGGAUUUUAGUACAACACUACAAAUGUUGGAACGCAAUAAGAGGAAUACACUUAAAGCUGUUAACGAGGAUGCAACACCAGAUUAUAUAGAGAGUGCACAACAUGCAUGGUUAUGGGAUGAUAUGGCGACUCGAGCAGCAAAAACAAUUCCAUUAAACCUAGUUUAA